GCUGUAGGUGUCGCUGUGCCUCAGCUGGAAGGACAUUGUGUCACUGCUGCAGCUUAGGGAAGAGGAAGUAAGCGGGUGACUGUCAGCCAGAGACACAGAAGUGAGAGGGGCGGAGGCGCUUUUUGUACACAUACAGCUGAUCUCAGGGGUCGCGUGCACAGGUACAUGUGACCGAUAGGAAAGAAAUGUAGUGUACAAGGGACCUACUGAGAGACUUGGGAGUGUGUAGGAGAGGGCCAUGGAUAUUGGUGUUGGUUUCGGAGCUAUGGACAAGAGUAACCUUAGGAAUGUCCUGGAACUCUCUUUAAUUCACCAACCAGAGGCUGUGACAACUGAGUUACUUGACAGAAUUCUAGAUGUCCCUUUAAAAGACCGCUAUCGUAGACUGAACCUGCAUACUCUGCUUCCAGGUGGCGCACAGACAUCAUCUCUGCGGCCUGUUAUCACAGCUCUCAAUAUCCUAGAAAAGUAUGGAAGGAAUCUUCUUUCACCACAUCGCCCUAAGUUCUGGAGAAGUGUCAAGUUUAACAACCCUGUUUUCAAAGCAACGGUGGAUGCCAUUGAGGGUGGUCGUCAUGUGUUGUCGUUGUAUGGUUAUACACACUCUCUUCAAGAUGGUCUUGGCUUUCCUGAAUCUGUACUUGAACCGGACGCCCCUACUGUUGCUGCUGUUACUGCUGAUGUCAUCAUCCUCCAUCGUGAGCUGAACCUUUUAAUCUCGAACUGUCAUCCACACCAGGAAGAAGCUGCAGGAGAAUUGUUGGGUGCAAUCCUGAAGCAGCCAUCCCUUGUAGCUGAUUCUAUUGCCAUCCCCCAACCUACCUCUACAGAAGGCUUAUGUUCUACCUCCAAUGAUUGCGGUCUCUGUGGAGUGAAGAAUGCCACUGUAUUGUGUUCUCUAUGUAACUACAAAUUGUGUGUGGCAUGUGAUCAGAGAGUACACUCUCACCCCAAUCGUUGGCAUCACCAGCGCUCCCCUUUUGGAGCCACUUGCAGCACCAAGGAAGAAGAGUUUAUGUCACAUCCCUCUUCUCGCCCUCCUUGGCAGUGUAUGACUUGUCACACUUUAAAUAGAGGUGGUUCAGUGCUGUGUGUAGGAUGUGAUCGUCCCCGUGGCUGUACCAACAAUAUGUCUAACUUUUCAUUAGAGGCUUCGUUGCAGAAGGACACAUGGGAAUGCCAGGCUUGCACUUUUCAGAACACCUCCUCUGCUGUGUUGUGCGAAGUGUGUGACAGACCUCGACUAGCCAGAAAACCAUCUAGAGAAAGCCAUGAGUCCACUGCACUCUCCUUAAAAGAUGGCAAGAAUGUGGACAGCUGCAAGACUGGAGCCUUUCCUGAUGACAGUAGCCUCAUAUCUUUGGCAGGGAAAGAGACUCACAAACCAGUUGAGCUUGGUGUUGGUGAUGUCCAUGACAAAACCAACUUUAUUGAGAGAGGUAAAGAAAAACCUUGGAACCACCCUGGAAGAGAUAAGCAUGCAAGUACUUCUUUACCAAAGAACGAAAACUUAGAGGGUACUGACAUUUUUGAAACACUCGGCAAUGGAUCAGUCGUUAACCCUUGGAGAAAUAGCUUAACAGAUACAGUUGAUCCUCUGAUUGUAAAUAAAGAACAUGGAGUGAAAAUGACUAGACCAGAGGUUUGGCAGUGUUCCCACUGCACCUAUAAUAACACACGCAGUGGACGUGUCUGCGAGAUGUGUGACCGGACUAGUGAAGGGGCAAUUCCAAGAGAAGGGAACAACACACAGGACAUACAAGGACCAUUAAAAUCCAAAGAGGAGAUGAGGCAGAAGAGAUUGAAAGAAGAUGGAGCAAAAAUUGUGGCAUUGAUUAAGGAAGGAGAGGCAUGUGGUGUUCCCCCUGAAGAGGUGUACAGUGCGAUACAGUACUCUGGUACAGAGGUGCCUCUAUCGUGGCUGCAGUCUGAACUCCCGUAUGUGUUGGAACGAGUCAUUGAUGGUGCGUCACAGAAAGCAGGACAUGAACUGGGCGCUUUCACAGCAGAGGAAGCUCAUAGUGCAUGGGUUUCUGGUGGCGGCGAUAUUGAGGAUGCAGUGAAUUUGUGUAUUAUACAACGAAGGCGCAAGAUGGAAGAACUAUGUGCCCUAGGAUUUCUGGAUCUAGAUAAAGUGGUUGCUGCCCUCUUUGAGAGUGCUGGGGAUGUAGGAAUGGCACUCUCUAUAUUACAAGCAUCGCUUUUGGUACCCUUUCUAAGUCGUGUAUGGGAAGAUGAGCAAGCAAGCUUGCAGCUGGAUUCCACAGAUAGACAAGCAGUUCUCCGGAGAUUACUUGCAGAGUAUGCUCUACAUAGUUGGGGUCGUGCCGAGCUGGCUCUGUCUCUGCUUCAGGAAGGUGAAGGCCGUUAUGACCUACAGGAUGUUGUGGAAGCAGUGAGAGAGUCACAGGACCGUGAUUUUAUCAAAAGGAUGCUAACUCAGGAAUGUGCAGUCUGUGGAUGGGAGCUCCCCCGCAACAAGAUGCGCUCUCUAACCUCAUGUGAGUGCUGUAUCUGCCCAGACUGCUUCCGGACACACUUUACAGUGGCCGUUAAAGAGAAGCACAUCAGGGACAUGGUGUGUCCAGCAUGCGAGGAGCCAGAUAUUAGUGAUGAGGGUGAACUCUUGCAUUAUUUUUCUACACUGGAUAUCUUGUUGCGGGACACUCUGGAGGUGGAUGCCUACAAUUUGUUCCAUAAAAAGUUGACUGAGAGAACACUUAUGAAAGACCCGAAGUUUCUUUGGUGCACUCAUUGCUCAUUUGGAUUUAUUUAUGAGCGAGAUCAGCUAGAUGUGAAGUGUCCUCAGUGUUCUUGCAGCUUCUGCAGGAACUGCAAGCGGCCAUGGGAGGAGCAGCACCGCACACUAAGUUGUGAAGAUUUCCAGAAUUGGAAGAGAGAAAAUGAUGCUGAAUACCAGGCACAGGGGCUGGCUGUAUACCUGCAGGAAAACGGGAUAACCUGCCCGCACUGCAAGUUCUCUUAUGCCCUUGCAAGAGGGGGUUGUAUGCACUUUAUCUGCUCUCAGUGUCGGCACCAGUUCUGUAGCGGAUGCUACAACACCUUCCACCUCAAAAAUAAGUGCACAGUCCCUACCUGUACAGUGAGGAUGUCUCUUCAUGCUCAUCAUCCUAGAGACUGUUUGUUCUACCUACGAGAUUGGGAGGUGCCUCGUCUACAGACACUUCUCAAAAUGUCUAAUGUGAAGUUUAACACAGAUCCCCCUGCUGGCACACAAGCUGGUCCUGGAGGUGGGUGCCGUGUGAUGGAGCAAAAAGAAGCCAUUGAUGGAAUGAGAGACGAGGCCUGUGGAAAACAGACAGCCCUUGGCUAUGCUGGGUUGUGUGAAUCUCAUUAUAAGGAGUACUUGGUCAGCCGUAUUAAUUCACUGUCUCUGGACCCUUGUGUGCUCUAUGACUUGGAAGAGACUAUCACUGUAUGUAGACGCUACCUCCUGGUAUGUCCACCCCAAGAGGUCAAUGAAGAUGAUGUAAAUUACAGAGAGCACCUUCUGAGAGUGUUGAUGACGGAGAUUCCACUGAGCCUGAAUGUCCAAAGAAACCAGCAUUCUUAAUGACUUUGUCCCUUCCCGCAUUCUUUUAAAAGCAAUGGAGGAUUUUUUGAUUACGUAGCCACUGAAAAAAUAUAUAUACUGUAAAUACAGUAUAUAUUAGUGUGUCUGUCAUAUUUCAUAUGUUCAUAAAUUGUACAGCUAUACCUAAAGAAUAAAAUCUAUAAUUAUACCUCUCACAAAAUGCUCACUAAGCUUUUAGUGAAUAACAAUAUUUGUUAUUAUAAUAUUUAUGAUAUAGUGCUUGUCCCCAGUGCUGCUUUGGUUAUUUUACUCUCCUGCCUUUCUUUUUCCUCCUCUUUGUCCUCAGCACUCCCCCCUGUAUUAUUUUAUUCACUAUCCCCCUCAUCUGCCCUUUUUUCUUUCUCUUCCCUUUUUUUAUUCCCUUCUUUUUCCCUCUACUGUUUUGCCUCCUCGUAUUUCCCUCUGCCUCAGUCUUGUACUUUUUCCCCACCUCACUUUCCUACUCCUUUAUAUCUGUUUCUUGCUCUUCCCUCGCCUCUCUUUUAGAUCUUAGUAUUGCCUUCUCCGUGGGCCAUCUUCAUAGAUAGUGGCCCCACCCUUUAUGCAAUAACUAAUUUAAAAAAUAAAAUCUGCUUCAACAGUC